AUGUAUUCUAAUGAAAUGCGCAGUUUAUAUUCUUUCUGCUUAAUUUUCUUCAUAUUUCAAUUUUUACUUUACUUUUAUAUAUAUAUUUUUUUAAUAAAUUUGCCUUCAGAAAAGACGAAGUUCGAUGUCUCAUUUUACAACUUCGUAAACGAACAAAUUGAUGUUUAUGGUGACCGCACUCCUCCUCUUCGCGCAUUCAUUUUGCCUGGAGGAGGUGAAUUAAGUUCAACUUUACAAUAUGCACGUGCCGUGUGUCGUCGUGUAGAAAGAACAAUUGUUCCGUUGUUGAAAGCGGAAGCCAUCGACGGUGAUUGUUUACGUUUCGUCAAUAGACUAUCAGAUCUUCUUUUCAUUUUGGCUCGAUAUAUCGCGUCGAUAAGCGGAAGAAAGGAAGCAGUCUACCAUCGUUUUCAGUCAGAUCCAGAAUCGAAAAUAACGCAGAUUCCAUGA